CUCGUUACCGCCUGCAUCUACCAUCAUCAUGUCGCGAUCGGACGCACGACCGCGCUGAUUUGAUCAAAUAGUCAGCGUUUUUUUGACUCGUGCGAGCUGUUAGUCCGAUGCUCCGAGGUUCAUCGAUGGCAACAGACACUAACUAAAAAGCGUCAGCCAUUCUACACGGUACUGCUGGUACUGGCAACUUUGCAUGGCCUUCGCGUGGGCCGGAGCAAUGACACCAGCGCCGAACGUGUCAUCCGUCCCUGGUCGCCAGACACACGUGUCAGGAAUCUAGAGCGGUCGGGUGGAGAGUAUGAGCAAGCUAUGAGGUCAAGGGAGGCGGGAAUGACGGGGAAAGGAGGCGGAUCUGGGAAUGGAGGAUAGGAGAAGAGUUUAGUUAUAAGACUGGUCUUUCACGAUUCGGCGUUCCUUACGUUUUGCCUCUUGCUUUUACCGUCGCCUCAUUGUUCACGAUAGGUCACUCGUCGACGCUCGUACUCUGAGUAGGAUCUCACAUUAGGCAAAACGUAACCAAAACUCCAAACCCCUAUUCAACCCCUAUGCCCACCCAAUCUCAGUUCAACAUCCUCGACGGAGGUGGGACUGCUGGUCCUGCUCCGCCGCCUGUCCCGAGCUCGCAGGGGCACAUGGACACCGAGUCUAACGGUAUUGGUAGUCCGCCGCCGCCUCUCGUCGAGCCCGACCCCGAGCCGCCCAUCUUCGUCGAGGCAGACGCUAGAGGAUACGGUGCCGGCCACGUCUUCCACUUGCCGGUUCACGAAGAGGUCGAGUAUUGGCGUAAUCUCGCUACCGCCGUGCUCGCCCACCAACGCCCGGACCUCUCAGGCCACCAAGGCAUUAAGGUCGCGUCGCCCCUGCAGUUCUCGGGCGAGGACCGAUCGCUCUACGAGACGUUCAUCCGUGCGGUCAGGGCGAAUUUCAUUGCGAACCCCACCCGCUUCGGCAUCGAUGAUAACGAUGACGAGAAGUCGCGCCUUCGAGUCGUCUAUGCCACUUCCUUCAUGCAGACGGGUCCUGCUGCUGAGUGGGCGAACCAGCUUCCGUCGCCUUGGCCCGGGACUUGGACAGCCUUUGAGGAGGGCUUCCAGAAGCGCUUCGACCUACGGGACAAAAUGCAGACGGCGUGGAACGAGCUCGAGAGCAUGGAGUACUCACGUUUUGCGGACGCCGACACCUUCUUCACUCGCGUUGACACCCUCGCCGCCCGGGCCCAUAUCUCUAACGAGUCGCUUGUCAGGUUGGUGCAGAGGAAGCUCCCCUUCGGCAUCGCCAACCAGAUCAACACUCACCGAACGGCGAGGACGUACGAGGAUUGGAAGGAGGAGGCUAUCGCGUACGCCCAUGAGAACCAAAAUCUCGCCAUCAUCCGGGGCUACCAACCGAGGACUCAAGCUGCCAAUAACUCCGCUGCUAGGGGUCGCGCGUCAACUGCAUCAGCCCCCAUUCCUGUCCGCGCAGCUGCACCAUUCCGCGCUGCAGCUGCUCCGCCCUUCGCUGUCGCUCCACCUGUUUCCCGCGCUGCAGCUGCUCCGACUCCGGCGCUCGCUCCUGCGUUACCGAUGGGUGAGCCAAUGGAUGUUGAUGCUGCUCGUAACCGUCGCGCGAGAGGACCGUUUAGAGGGGCCUGCUUCAACUGCCGCCAGCCGGGUCAUCUCAGGGCGGAUUGCCCGCUAUUGGCGCCGCCGACGAUCCGAGCCCUUCACGACAGGUGGACCAGUAUCCCGGAUGAGACGAAGGAGGAGGUUGUGCAAGCGGUCAAUAAGAUCUUCGAGAAUGGAGGGGAGUGGGAGAAGGUCGAAAGAGAGGAGGUGAAAGGAGAAGGUUCAUCGGGUUUUUGAAUGCGUCGGAGGGAAAUGGUGCGUCCCUGCCGGCGUGUACGAUAGGUAGUGAAAAGUCUUCCGAGUCCUGUUCAACGCCCUUGAAGUAUGUCGAAAGCGAAACAAAAUGCGCAUUCAU